AUGACACGUGGCACAACGCCAAUAUUUCCAGUCCUCCACAUGUUCCCCUCAUGUGACUUACCAUUGAAGCGUGCGUAUGGGAGCGGGAAAGCGAUGCGGCAGGAGCAGAAGAGCAGCAGGAAAUAUGUGUUCCCUGUUCUGCUCUCACUCUCCCUUUCACCCACUGCCUCUUGCAACCCCUCCCUCCCUUGCUGUCGCUUGCUCUCGGUGUUGCUGCUAUCCGUCCUGUCAGGAGACCCAGGACAUCUACCACUAGGUGCUCUCAUGCCUGGAGUUAGGAUCUCAGAACUGAACCCCUUCUUGCUUCAUCCCAUUCGUCUCGACCCUCUCCCCUUCUCUCUCUUCUCAUCGCUCUCCCCUUCUCUCUCUUCUCAUCGCUCUCCCCUUCCCUCUCUUCUCAUCGCUCUCCCCUUCUCUCUCUUCUCCUCACUCUCCCCUUCUCUCUCUUCUCAUCGCUCUCCCCUUCCCUCUCUUCUCAUCGCUCUCCCCUUCCCUCUCUUCUCAUCGCUCUCCCCUUCCCUCUCUUCUCAUCGCUCUCCCCUUCCCUCUCUUCUCAUCGCUCUCCCCUUCUCUCUCUUCUCAUCGCUCUCCCCUUCCCUCUCUUCUCAUCGCUCUCCCCUUCUCUCUCUUCUCAUCGCUCUCCCCUUCUCUCUCUUCUCAUCGCUCUCCCCUUCCCUCUCUUCUCAUCGCUCUCCCCUUCCCUCUCUUCUCAUCGCUCUCCCCUUCCCUCUCUUCUCAUCGCUCUCCCCUUCUCUCUCUUCUCAUCGCUCUCCCCUUCCCUCUCUUCUCAUCGCUCUCCCCUUCCCUCUCUUCUCAUCGCUCUCCCCUUCCCUCUCUUCUCAUCGCUCUCCCCUUCCCUCUCUUCUCAUCGCUCUCCCCUUCCCUCUCUUCUCAUCGCUCUCCCCUUCCCUCUCUUCUCAUCGCUCUCCCCUUCCCUCUCUUCUCAUCGCUCUCCCCUUCCCUCUCUUCUCAUCGCUCUUCCCAUCCCACCAGACCCAGGACAUGUACUACUACACCCAGGACAUGUACUACUAUGUGCUCAUGCCGGGUGCUCAUCGCACUCUUCACACCAAUGAGCCUCUGAAUCAACAGCAGAACGAUGGCUGGGAGGACGAAGGCAGCAGGACCACUCUGUCUGACCCUCUCCCUUGCCCCUCCCUUCCCUCUCACCAUCCGCAGACCCAGGACAUGUACUACUAUGUGCUCAUGCCGGGUGCUCAGUGCACUCUUCACUCCAAUGAGCCUCACAAUCCGCCUCUCAAUCCGCAGCAAAAGGACGGCAGGGAGGACGCAGGCAGCAAGAGCAGUCCGUCUGGUCCUCGUGGGUUGACUGACGAGCCGAUUACAUAUUUCACAGCUCACAGCCGGCUGCGGUCACAUCUGGAGGCAGUGGGGGAUUCAGUGCUGGCGCUCACGUGUGUGCUGCACCUCGUGCGCCAGCACCCGCCGCUGUCCAUUGUGUGUGGAGGGGGGGAGGGGAAGGGAAAGGGGGGAAGAGGGGGGGGGGGGGGGUGGGGGGGUGGCCUCCACUCGCCCUUCAUAUCAUGCUCACCAUUCUCCCUCCCCGCAUUCCUUUCUCAGACCAUUCCACCUUGGCAUCUCCAUCUCUCUCAAACUCUCCACCCCUCUGCGCUCUCCUUUAACGCAUCAGGCGAGUUCCCAGAGGGCAUGUCCCAUUCACAGACCGCCACUAGUGCAGAGAUAAUCUCUAAUGUGACUCUCAUAUUGUCCUGUUUCCCUCCCCCACCCUCUCCCCCUCCGUCCUGUCCUCGCCCCCCUACCCCGUUUUCCCAUUCCCCCACCCUGUCGCUCUUCCCCCCCCCCACACUGCAACAGGUGAGCAACAGAAGUCUGGCGGGCAUUGGAAGGGGGGCUCUGGGCCUGCCAGGAGUCAUGCUGAGCUUCUCAGACGCGCUGCUCAUGCAGGGCAAACGCGCCGUGCCCAAGGGGGGGGAUACUGUGGAGGGCCUGGAAGCAGCGUCAGCCUUUAUGACCCGCCUGCUGCCCUCCCUUGUCGACUCCCGCACUGCUGCUCCUCACACACAGAGGCUGGAGUUUGGGCGUCAGUAUGAACAAGAAUCCGGGCAUCAGCAGCAGCAGAUUCAGCCAGACAGAGAGAGCAAUGUGAAAGUGGGCGAUGCAGCAGCAGUGAGGAGAGUGGACUCUCCAGCAGAACAGAGUGACCCGGUGGCUCGUCUGCACGACAUGUCCCUCCAGCAACUGGGACUCACACCGCAGUACCGGCACACAGGGACAGACAACCCACAGACGCCCCACGUGACAGAGAGGGUGCGAGUGUAUGCAGCAGGGAGGAGGAUGGGCACGGGCAUGGGCCCGACAGUGGCAGAGGCAAAACGAGAUGGAGCAGCCAAGGCUCUGCUGGCAUGGGGUAAGGUGUUUGGGGAGGGAGGGAGUGAGGGGGCAGGACGCGAGGCGAGUGAGAAUGCUGAGGAAAGGAUCAAGUGA